AAACUACUCGAACAUAGCCCAGCUCCAGUUGCCCGAACUCGAAGCUUCUUUUAAACUCGGCCCAGUCCAGGGGACUAAGAACUCACUUAAGCAGGCCUAUAAUAUGGCCUAGCUCUCCGCUUGAGUUUAGCCAGCCCAGCCAUGCGAGUUGAACUCGUUGGGUUGCGUCGGGGUUAUAAAUGUAUAGAUUCCAAAAUUCGAAGUACGCUGUGUGUAAAGUAUUGAUCGGAGAAUGGGAAGUGAUCGGAAAUCGAGGGACGAGGAGGAGAAGAAGAACAAGAAAAACAGGAAAAGAGGCUCCUCUUUGUCUUCCUCUGAAGAUGAAGGGAAACAUAGAAAACGGCAUAGAAAAGAGGAGGAAGAAGAAAGUGAAAGGAGAAGCAGAAAGAGGGAUAAGAAAGAGAAGAGAAAGGAGAAGAAGUCUCACAAGCACCUCUCUGAUAAAGAAAAGAAGUCAAAGGAUAGGCACAGAGGUAAACGUCACAAAGGCGAUCACCACUUGAACUUCCAAGAGCUGUCCAAUGAUGAUUACUUCUCGAAGAACAAUGAGUUUGCAACCUGGCUUAAGGAAGAGAAGAAGGUGUUUUUCUCUGAUCUUUCAACUGAGACUGCACGUGAAAUGUUUUCGGACUUUGUCAAAGAGUGGAAUGAUCAGAAGCUUGACUCCCGAUAUUAUGAGGGUAUUUCAAGGGGCCCCCGGUGUGCGCAUAACUGGUCAUUCAAAAAUUAGCAAGAAAUACUAGUUCUGGCUAGGUACAACAGGAUACUCUAUGCUCUCAAGUCCAGAUCAAUCGUUCUUUCCCGCCAAAACCCUUUAAACCCAAGAUCCAUCUCUACAAUUUCUGUGCCAUGCAUAGAAAUAGAAGAACCCACAAACACAAUCACAUACGGAAAUUAUGGGGACAUUAUUUCCCUUUCAAACCACCCGAACCCCGAAAUCUCCUGCUUCUAUCAAAAGGGUUUCUCUCAAAUUACCAACAAUUUCACUGGCAAAGCCUUGCACGCUCUGUGCAUCAAGGGCAUAGUUAAUCUAAGUGUUUUCUGCAAUAAUACUUUGAUUAAUAUGUACUCGAAGUUUGGCGAAAUUGAUCUUGCUCGUCACGUGUUUGAUAAAAUGAGUGAAAGAAAUGAGUCUUCUUGGAAUCACAUGAUCUCUGCAUUUCUUUAUGCUGAUUUAUACUGGGAAUCGAUUCGGGUAUUUAAUGAUAUGAGGGAUUUUGGCAUCAAGCCUAACGGCUUUGCAGUUGCUAGUUUGAUAACUGCAUGUGAUAGGUCGGGAUGUAUGCUAAGUGAAGGAAGUCAGAUCCAUGAUUUGGCUGUGAAGUUCGGUCUGCUGUAUGAUGUCUUUGUUGGUACGUCGCUUUUGCAUUUUUAUGGGACUUAUGGAUUGGUUUUCAAUGCAAGAAAGCUUUUUGAGGAGAUGCCUUAUAAAAAUGUUGUUUCCUGGACUGCUAUGAUGGUUGCUUAUUCGGAUUAUGGAGAUUCAAGGGAAGUGAUGAAUACAUAUUCGCGAAUGAGAUGUGAAGGGCAGAGUUGCAAUGAAAACACAUUAGCUACUGUAAUUAGUUCUUGUGGGUCACUUGAGGAUGAAUUCUUGGGUCAUCAAGUCCUCGGGCAUGUUAUAAAGUCUGGAUUAGAAACUAAUAUUUCUGUGGCGAACUCUCUCAUAUCAAUGUUUGGUAGUCUAGGUAGAAUGCAAGAGGCUUACUACAUUUUUGGUGGCAUGAGUGAACGUGACACAAUCUCAUGGAACUCGAUAAUUUCCACAUACGUACAUAAUGGUCUUUGUGAAGAAUCUCUAAGAUGUUUUUAUUGGAUGCGCUAUGUCCGUAAGCAAAUAAAUUCUACUACAUUUUCAACUUUGUUAUCGGGCUGUAAUUCUGUAGAUAAUUUAAAAUGGGGCAGAGGAAUGCACUCUCUAGUUGUAAAAUUUGGAUUGGACCCGAACAUUUGCAUAUGCAAUACUCUUAUAAGUAUGUAUUCUGGUGCUGGGAAGUCUGAACAUGCAGAGUUGGUAUUCCGAGGAAUGGCUGAGAAGGAUUUGAUUUCAUGGAAUUCUAUGAUUGCCUGUUAUGCUCAGGAUGGGAAGUGCCUAAAUGCCUUGAAAUUUUUUGCUGGAAUUUUGCAUAUGAGAAAUGGAGCAAACUCCGUGACAUUUACGAGUGCAUUGGCUGCCUGUUCAGAUCCUGACUUCAUUACUGAAGGCAAGAUUCUUCAUAACCUUGUAAUUGUGAGUGGGCUACAUGAAAACUUGAUUGUUGGCAAUGCAUUGGUUACCAUGUAUGCAAAGUCUGGUAGGAUGGUUGAAGCAAAAAAGGUUUUUCAAGCAAUGCCCAUGCGGGAUGAAGUGACUUGGAAUGCACUUAUUGGUGGUCAUGCAGAGAAUGAAGAACCACAUGAAGCAGUAAAAAACUUCAAAUUGAUGAGAGAAGAAGGUCUACCUGCAAACUACAUUACAAUUGCAAAUAUUCUAGGUGCUUUCUUGACUCUAGAUAAUCUACUGAAACAUGGGAUGCCCAUCCAUGCUUAUAUAGUUCUGACAGGAUUGGAAUCUGAUCCAUUCGUACACAAUUCACUUAUCACGAUGUAUGCCAAAUGUGGUGAUCUUAAUUCUAGUAACUAUAUCUUUAACGGAUUAACUAAUAAAAAUGCCGUAGCAUGGAAUGCCAUUAUAGCUGCAAAUGCUAAUCAUGGCCUGGUAGAAGAGGCUUUGAAUCUUUUUGUAAAUAUGAGACGUGCAGGAGUACAUUUGGAUCAUUUUAUCUUUACUGAAUGCCUUACUGCUACUGCUACAUUGGCAAUGCUGGAGGAAGGCCAACAGCUUCAAAGUUUGGCACUCAAACUUGGUUUUCACUCUGAUUCUUUUGUAGCGAAUGCCACCAUGGAUAUGUAUGCAAAAUGCGGGGAGAUGGAUGAUGUGCUGAGAAUAAUUCCUCAACCACAAGAACGGUCACGACUAUCGUGGAAUAUAUUGAUAUCAACUUUUGCUAGGCAUGGAUGUUUCAAGGAGGCAAAAGAAACUCUUAAUGAAAUGUUGAAGUUGGGAGUGCAACCUGAUCAUGUUACUUUUGUUUCUCUUCUUUCUGCGUGCAGUCAUGGAGGCCUAGUGGACGAGGGUCUAGCAUACUAUCAUUCAAUGACAAAAGAGUUUGGUAUUCCAGCAGGAAUAAAGCAUUGUGUAUGUGUAGUUGAUCUUCUUGGACGAUCAGGAAGGCUUGCUGCGGCUGAAACUUUCAUCAAGGAAAUGCCAGUUCCGCCAACUGAUCUUGUUUGGCGGAGUUUAUUGGCUGCGUGUAAAAUCCAUGGCAAUCUGGAGCUUGGAAGGAAAGCUGCAGAAAAUCUCUUCAAAUUGGACCCAUUAGAUGAUUCAGCUUAUGUUCUUUAUUCAAAUGUUUGUGCAACCACUGGGAGAUGGGAGGAUGUAGAGAUUCUCAGAAAGAAAAUGGGAUCGAAUAAAAUAAAGAAGAAACCUGCAUGCAGUUGGGUGAAGUUGAAGAACAAAAUAGAUUCAUUUGGAAUAGGGGACAAGUCCCAUCCACAAACCAGACAGAUAUAUGAGAAGUUGGAAGAGCUGAAGAAAAGGAUUAAAGAAGCAGGUUAUGUACCUGAUACAAGCUAUGCGUUGCAUGAUACAGAUGAAGAACAAAAGGAGCAGAGUCUUUGGAAUCACAGCGAGAGACUUGCCCUUGCAUUUGGGUUGAUCAAUACUCCUGAAUCUUCAACCGUUAAAAUUUUCAAGAACCUUCGUGUUUGUGGUGACUGCCAUUCUGUUUACAAGUUUGUCAGUGGACUUCUAAGGCGGAAAAUCAUAUUACGAGAUCCAUAUCGCUUUCACCAUUUCAGUGACGGAAGCUGUUCUUGUUCCGAUUACUGGUGAUUAGUGGUGCCCAUUCUUGCACUGGUAACCCUUUUCCUGAUUUUUAAUUAUUUCUUCAAAUACUAAAGAUAACCAUUCAUUUGCUUUUAA